AAAAAUCCCCUCAUGAGCAAAGUACCACAACAAAGCACAGGGCUGGGAAAUGUUCUUAAUGUUGUUAAUGUGUUAGCACUGCUUUUGUGUUCACGUUGCUCAUUAUUUUCUGAAGGCACAUUUUAUUUUUGGACAAAAAGGGUGCGCGGUUUCCACUCACCGAGCAAGAAAAGAGAUAUUUCAGAACCAACCGACGCAACUUCAUAACUUGUUAGCUAGCAUUGUUUGUUAGCUGCUACUGGCUACAUCUGUCGUUAGGUUAAUCCGAGUAUGGCCGAGAACGCGAACAGUGCAGCGGGGCUUCCUCCAGGAGACCCUCAGCUCAUCGCUCUCAUUGUGGAACAUCUGAAAAACCGAGGUCUUUUCGACGAGUUCAGAAGGGACUGCCUGGCAGACGUGGACACCAAGCCAGCUUAUCAGAAUUUGCGGCAGAAAGUGGACAACUUUGUAGCUAGUCACCUAAGCACGCAGGAGUGGAGUCCGUCCAUCAACAAGAACCAAGUGCGCAACGGUCUGCGACAGAGCGUAGUACAGACCGGAAUGCUGGAGUCUGGUGUAGACCGUAUUAUAUCUCAGGUGGUGGAUCCUAAAAUGAACCAUAUUUUCCGGCCACACAUUGAGAAAGCUAUUCAUGAAUUCCUGGCCUCAGAGAAGAAAGAAGAAGGAAUGUUGAAUUCAUCAACUGAUACGGAGCACCAGGAUGCUGCCAGCAACACAACCACAGCAAAGGCACAAUAAGGUACAACGUGAUGGCAGACAUGCCUCUUGUGGAUGAUGGCCCAGAGUGUCAGGGUCAUUGGCUGAGGAAUUGCACCCAAACUGGAUUUACUCUUUGAGUGGGAAAAUGCUCAGGUAGAGCUGGACAGACCUUGUGUGUUUGCGUAGCAAAGCAUAAGAGGAGGAAAUGAUCUUUGCGCCAUGUAUGUGUGAAACAAAAGUCUGUAAAAGUAACAUGGAUAAAAGAAGAAUGAAAAGUCUUGUUUAAAUGAUGUCAUGUACAUGAAUAGUUUUUAUGAUGAGGAAUCUGAUAUUUCACAUUUGUGAAAUGCUUCCUUUAUUCGCUUGUAACAGGGUAAUCAGAGACAUGCUUUUACAAAUACAUAUUACACACUAGGACCUUCCUCCAUUAUUUUAUAAUUUCUGAAAGUGUAGUUUAGCAGUAUUUUGGCAGAUUGUAUUUUGUUUUGGGAACCACACAGAUUAAUGACUGACACAGACCCAUGGCAUGAUGAAGGACUCUGGAGAUUAUUUUUUUCUUUUCUAACUGGACAUUAAGAUUGUUUUCUUUCAGUUUAAUUUUGCUUUCACAACUGAACAUUAAGCAAAGUGGGUGCUUAUGAAAGAUCACUGUGUUCUCUCAUACAUGGUGUCAAGUGAUGGAAUCUGUUUGGGAAAGCUUUUAACACUCUGAGCUAAAGCCAUUAAUGUGGCAAGGCCUUCCAUUACAGAGUUUGUGUAUUUUCUUUAUAGCAGGGACAUGAUGUUCUUCCAUUCGAAUAAAAGUCUACAACUUUG